CAUUGCUUUUGGAUGUUGCAUUCAGGUGAUAUUCCCUUUUGUACAGAGAGGAAAGGGCAGCAGACAAACAUAAAGCCAACAAGAGGACUUUGGGUUGGUCCAUGUUUUAGUGCCAAAGGGGGGCGUGACUGAGGAUUAUGCGGAUGUGUGUGUGUGUUGGGGGGAUGUUUUUCACCUCCUUAUCACGAUGUCACAUGCCAGCUGCUGCAGACAGAGGAGCACUAAAACACAGAUGGAGAGAGCUUAGCUAACGAGGAGCACUUUACUUUUUUCCCAUUCUGCCUUUUUUCAUGACUUUUUUGCAAGUGGUCAACAACUUUUUUUUCUCCAUUUCAUCCAUGUGCUAUUUUUCCUGUUUUCUUCACAGCUGCAUAAAUGUUUCUAUUUGGAAACUGUUUAUUUAAUCUUUCCUUAAUGGUUUUCCCUUCAUUGUAAGUCUUUGUCUGUUUUUUCUCUGACUUCCAUUUUUAUUUUUAUUUUUAUUGUUUUGGAUGGAUACCUACUCGCUCCUCUACAGUUCCUCCCACAGAACCGAACUCCUCUCCGGUCUUCAGCGCUUGCGUGCACAAAAGAAGAUGUGUGAUGUCGUCUUGGAGGCUGGCGGUGUCUCUUUCCCGUGUCAUCGUGCUCUUUUAGCCAGCUCUAGUGACUAUUUUUGGGCCCUUUUUGGCGAGGCAACUGCUGAGAGAUUAGCGAGCUCCAUUAACCUUCCAGCGUUGACACCUGAGGGCCUGGAGACCAUCCUGGACUUCCUGUACUCAGGCUGGCUCAGCAUAUCACCGCCCACUCUUCCUGUUGUGCUGGAAGCAGCCAGAUACCUGCAGGUGGAAAUAGCCUUGUCGAUAUGUGAGCGUUUCAUGUCAGAUGAUUUAAGAGCUGAGAACUGUUGCUAUUAUGCCAAUUUGGCUGAGCGUUUCACUCUUUUGAACACACUCGAGGCUGCCAAUCAAACCAUUGCCAUGGAGAUGAAGGUCCUGGUUGAGAAAAGGAGAGAUGACCUCCUCGAGUUGAAUUUUCAGUCCCUGAUGGCRGUGCUUGAUGCAGAUGAGAUCCCAGGGGUCAAGGAACUGGAGCUAGUAAAGCUAGCUCUGGAUUGGCUGGAUGAAAAUGGUCCUGUCCCACUUCUGAAAUCAAAUCUUCUGCUAAGUCGCCUGCGAUUUGGAUUGGUGGCCUUGUCUGACCUGACCAACCUCAGCCACGUCCACAAAGCCAUGGCCACUCCGUUGAUCAGAAGUCUUCUGACUCGGGCACUUGAGUACCACCGGUUAGGUUCCGCUCAGCCAAUCACACAGACUAAGCAGUCGACUCUCAGAGAAUCAGCCAAUCGUGUGCUUCUUUUAGGCGGUGGGUCCAGUGCUGAUUGGCCAGAACAACAAGUGCUAGUGUUUGAUCCGAGAAGCAGGAAGUUUUCAUCCUCAGGUUGUGUUCUGCCUGUGCGACUGAGACAUCUGUGUGUGUGUUCAGUGGGAGGUUUCCUCUUCACGAUUGGAGGAGAGGAGGUACAAAAGGUGGACAAGGAUGAUAAAAUGUCUGUUACGGUGGCAACAUCCAACCACGUGUGGAGGUACGAUCCACGUUUUGACCGCUGGGAACAGGUGGAGUCCAUGCUAGAGAAGCGGGCGCAGUUCACCUGCUGUGUGAUCGAGGAUGCCAUUUAUGCCAUUGGGGGACGCCACACGCAGUCGGAUACACACAUAUCCACAGCUUCUGUUGAGUAUUAUGACAUGGCUACGGGAUUGUGGAGGAGAACUGCAGCGAUGCCUCAACCCCUUCAUGGCCAUGCUUCUGCCGUGCUUGACAUUAGCAUCUAUGUGUCUGGUGGACGACCAGGCCACCAGGGCAGCUUCCAUGGCAGUGACUAUGUUGACAACCAGCAUGAAAACACGGAAAUAAGCAGGGAAUUCCUGUUCUGGGAUCUCAAAGGCCGAGUCUGGGAAAAGAGGGCACCCAUGUCUGUCGCCAGGUUUAGUCAUCGCUUGGCAAGUGCCCAUGGUUUCAUUUACGCCCUAUUGGGUAUGUAUGAACCUUUCUGUGAUAUUGAAAGGUACGAUCCACAGUCAGACCAUUGGAUGCGUCUCAAGCCACUCAUCACUGGCUCCUUCAACUAUGGAAUGGUCCCAAUGGCCUCGGGAAAUCUGAUGGUUUUUGGAGGUCGAAGGUGGAGUGAUGGACAGGAGGUGGUUGUUAGGAGUGUGCUGGAGUACGAUACAAAGAAAGAUCAUUGGAAAGAAGUAUCCCAACUUCCCAGACCUCUCACUGGCAUUGAGUGCACACUGCUGCCUCUACCAGACUAGUGCAUGGAAUGUAAGAAUAUAACAAAGAAGAAGAAAUAUACACACCAAAACCUCAAAAAAUAAAAACAAAUAACAGGAAUAUCAAAAUUUGGAUGCUCCAUUGUCAAGUUUACUCAACAUUUACUCUGUAACAUUGAGAGAAAGACCAUCCGUCACAUUUGMAAAUUCUGUGGUCAGGCGGAGAAAUUAGAGGAUAUUAGCCAAACAUUUAAAGAGAAGAGGAGCCUAAAGAGUCUGGCAAGCUUCACACAGAGGGUGUUUAUUAAACCAACAUAAUCCAUGAGCUUAUAAGGAUAAGCUAGUUUUCAUUCCUUAUACUAAGCCUUUACUAAAUUAGUUUUGGAAAUACAUCUAUAAGGAUUUAUGUCAGCCGUGAAUCAUCUUGGAAAUACAAUAAGAUGCUCACGUUUGUGAAAGCUGAGCUAAAUGUGACAAAAUAUUUAGCAUAUUUUAUUAAAAAAGUAAAAACAUCAGUGAAACCACAAGGUUUGUUUUUUAUACAGAUCAAGAAAUUCAUAAACUACAAAUUGACAUUUAGGCAACUUUGUGACAUUACCAGUCUUAUGAAUGUUGCUUCAACAAAUCAUUGUAAGCCAAAGCUUUAUAACAACUGCUGAUGCUUUCUUGAUUUUUAAUUUGAUUCAGUUUGUUUAACGGGAAGCUGGAUUUUGAAUGUCAAACCAAACAUUUAUGCUCAUUUACUCACUGUGCAGAAGUCUUGAACCCUUUCCUACAACCACCUAUUGCAUCUUUACUUUCUUGACAAACCACAAAAACACCCUCAUCCAAAUGACCAAAACUUUAUUGAUCCAGCCUUAUCUUCCAACAGAACACAAACAACAAUCACAUAAAUAAAUACUGUUUUUCAAUCAUAAUUUAUAGAUUUAACAUUAAACAAUCUUUACACAAUGACAGUUUGCAGAAAUGAAAAAAAAAAAACUGAUAAAAUUAGAAACGAUCAUCCAAGAUACCAUUUUAGCACUCUUUAAAUAGAGAUCUACUGUAUCUAGAGAUUUCAAACACAAAACAGAAGAUGGCUAUUUUUAUCUACAACAAAAACAUGCUACUAUAACCAACCACGGGCAGUAGCAUUAAAAAAAGCAUUCAAACUGACAGUUUUUCAGUGCAUGUAUUUUCAUCGACUAUAUGAUUGCUUUUAUGGUUUUGUGCAGUGUUUAAGUUAUAAAUCACACCUUUUGGCAGCAGCAUAGAAAUAAUGUAUUACUUUAUACAGAGUCAUAUUUAUAUUCCUAUGCAAAUAUUAUAAUGUGUCACACGUAAAAAGAAAAAACUAAGAAAACUUUGAGGAAAAAUAAAUCUACCCGUGUGAAACGUUCCACUGUUUGAUUACUAAUGUUCAGAGGGUUAUUUUAGUAUGAAAGGUCUGCUUUAAUUGCUUAAGAAAAUUAAACAAAAACGUGUGGUAGUUUGAAACCUGGGUGAAGUUGCCCCACCCCCC